UCUACCAACUUCUUGCCCAUCUUAGAGACAGCAGUUUUUCCCCACCCACCGCAGCAGCUGGCACCAGCUCAACCCCAUUUCACAAAACCAAGAAGAAGCCCCAGAAAAAGACGACGACUUGUACUUAAUGGGCAGAUAAGAGUUUUGGACGAGCUCCUCGGACACACAGAUCUGCCCGUUUGUUUUGCAGAAGCCACCCGGAUUGAGAAUCAUUGACUGCCGAAUAAGCAGAACAGAAAACGCAUCAGACUUUAGUAGAUCGCUGGAGAUGAGGGGAGGAAUCUGCUCGGUGUUUUUCCCGGUGAUUGGAUUGACCUUGCUCUGUGGCCAUGGCUGUCUGGGUGAACACAAGUCUUUGGAUCCCAGUGUCGGCACAGAGGAGGUGGAAAGGCCAAGGCCCCCCCACCUCAUCUUUAUCAUGGCGGAUGACCAGGGUUACGGAGACAUUGGCUACCAUGGCUCAGACAUCCACACUCCUGUGUUGGACCAGCUGGCAGCAGAGGGGGUCAAACUUGAAAAUUAUUACGUGCAGCCUAUAUGCUCACCCUCUCGCAGUCAACUCAUGACAGGGCGCUACCAAAUUCACACUGGACUCCAGCAUUCGAUCAUCCGAUCACGUCAACCGCUCUGCCUGCCCCCGGACAUCCCCACCCUACCAGAGCGCCUGGUUGAAGCUGGAUACGCCACACACAUGGUGGGGAAAUGGCACCUGGGCUUCUGCAGGCCGAGCUGCCUGCCCACAGGACGAGGCUUUCAGAGUUUCCUGGGCACACUGACUGGCAGUGGAGACCACUUCUCCUAUCGGAGCUGUGACGGAGCUGAGGCUUGUGGAUUUGACCUGCACGAUGGAGACAGGCCUGCCUGGGAAAUGACGGGCAACUACUCCACUCUGCUCUACAUAGAGAGAGUGAAGCAGAUCCUGAGGAGCCACGACCCCGACAAACCACUCUUCCUGUAUCUGUCCCUUCAGGCCCCCCAUACACCCUUACAGGUACCAGACCAUUUUCUGCAUUACUAUGACUCUCAGGGUAAUCGUCUCAGGCGUCACUACGCAGCCAUGCUGAGCUGCCUGGACGAAGGGGUUGGACAAGUGGUGCAGGAACUGAAGACUAAUGGGCUUUAUCAAAACUCAGUCAUGAUCUACUCAUCGGAUAACGGUGGGCAGCCACUCUCUGGGGGGAGCAACUGGCCGCUGAAAGGUGGCAAAGGGACCUACUGGGAGGGGGGCAUCCGGGCUGUAGGUUUUGUCCAUAGUCCCCUCCUGAAGAAGAAGGGUGUAGUCAGCAGAGCACUGAUCCAUGUUUCUGACUGGUAUCCUACAUUACUGGGACUGGCCGGGGCCCUGCAGUCCUCCCAUAGCCUAGCCCUAGACGGUCAUGAUGUGUGGGAGACCAUCAGCAAGGGCCUACCCUGUCCUCGUACUGAAAUCCUUUUCAACAUUGACCCAGUCUCUAGGAAGCCUGGGGAGCCAUAUGACAAGGCAUUCGUACUCAACGGAUUUGGGAUCUGGGACACAGCCGUAAGGGCGGCGAUAAGAGCCGGAGACUGGAAGCUAUUGACAGGACAUGUGGGUGACGGGGACUGGAUACCACCACAUGCUCUUCCCGAUGGUCCAGACCGAUGGCAGAAACUCGAGAAGCGGCGCAACGAGCUAGGGAAGUCAGUUUGGCUGUUUCAUGUCACCUCUGACCCCUACGAGAGGUCAGACCUGGCAGACGUUCGUCCAGAGGUAGUGAAACAUCUGCUGACGCGGCUGGCAGAGUACAACCAGACAGCUGUGAUGCCCAGGAAUCCACCAGAUGAUCCUAUGGCUGACCCUGAGCUCCAUGGUGGGGUGUGGGGCCCCUGGCUGGGCCUGGAUGGACAAGAGGGGGGUAAAGGAGAAGAGGAUGGAAGGAAAGAAAGGAUGAUGAAGAUUAAACAUUGCAAAGUAUGCAAAUUAAAAGCCCUCUUAAAGAAGGUGGGUUCACGCCUGGAGAGGAAAACCCUGUUCUCCUAAACGUCUCAUCUAGCAGCAAUAAUUAAAGGGUUCAAUAGGCUUCAAAUGAACUAGACUUGUACAAAAUGUUGUCUGAACCUUCUUCAUUUGAGGCAUAUUGACUAAAAGAUAAAGAGAGAGGGAGACAAACAAAAAAUACAGACAAGCAGGCAGGUCAGAGAGUCAAGAUAGAGCCACAAUCAAAUACUGAAUGUCGCCAGAUAAACAGGCAGCCUGAUAGAACAGCAGACAGGGCUGUGCUGAGCAAGCCGACUCACUGUCCUGCGGCCAAACUGCAGCAGGGUGACUUUGGGCCGUCGUUGGACUGCGUAGGGAGCAAUGAGUGUGUCAUUGUGCAUAUAUGCCUGUAUUCAUGAAUACUUUGAUAAAAUACAGAUAGAGUGUGUGCAUGUGGAAGUGAGGCCUGAAGAAAUGGGAAGAGGAAUGGAGGAUGACCUCUCUAUGUCUCAUCUCCUAAUCAUCCCACAGGACCCUUUAAGGAUGACACAAAGACACUCACAGGGGCUGUUCUUGUCAAAUGUCACCUUGUUCUUUUGUUUAGGGGCUACACAAAUUCCCUUCUUGCUCAUACUGUAGCACACUCGUCUGCCUUUGAAAGACCUCUGACUGAGACACAAUGUCUACCAAAGGUCAGUGGCUGAUACUAUCGGUCCUUUCUGGGCUAAUGUAACUCAUCUACUUUGUUAUCAAAUGCUGGAAAACUGAUUCAAAUGCUCUA